GUGUGGGUGUUUAUAAGGAACCAGGUCUCACCUUCAGCAACACAGAGUUUCCAGCCUGCAGGCAUUCAGGAGCCGGGGAAUCCAGCGCUAUGAGACUGCUGAUCGUGUUGACAUGUGUCCUGGCAGGCUGCCAGGCACAAAGGCCUCACCCAUGUAAAAGCCCCCCACUUCUGACCGGAGCCUUCACUGUGUCCACGCAGAACGAGAAGCUGUAUAUAUACAGCCAGUUUGAGUACGACGGACUGGGAGAGCGGAUUCGACUCCUGGAGUUUGGGAACUUUGAGAACAAGUCCUUCAACUACGACGUGCUGCUUCUCUUCAGAGAGGCUGCCAUGUUAGAGAUUAACUACCACAACCGCACAUGCAACAAGAAGCCUUUCAAGACGGACUUCCAGCCCAUGGGAGUCCCUAAGGAUGCCACGCUGCUGAGUCAGGCUAUCCUGGGCAGCUCCUCCGGACCGGGCCAAGGACUCCUGAUCAACACCUGGUGGGGAGACCUGCCCGACAAAACCGGGAAGUACUUGAGCACGACGACUGAGUUCGGCUGCAUUAUGGUCAGCACCGCCUACCAGUUGAAGACCUACGGAUGGACGGUGACGAACUUCUUCAACAACGUGAUCGGGAUCGCAGACCCCAGUCUGCUCAACCCUCCAGACUUCUGCAAGGAUGCAAAGAUGCAGCACAGCAAAGAGGAGCCAGCAGAUUUCCUGAGCCUGUUCCAAAACAGGAAGUGAGGACCUCCUGUUAAUAAAGUCUCACCAUCAACGUGUCUGUUUCCAACUAAGAAGAGCGUCUCUGACGCUAUAUUCUUGCUCGCAUACUCUGAAUGCUUCAACAUGUUUUUUUCUGACGUGUUGCAACUGUCGAUCAUAAUUGUGAGAAUAUUAAACGUAUUGAACAGUG